AUGGCCUCAAAAAACUCGAGAAGUAAUGCUUUUCAUGCAAGUUUCCUUGAUGGUUUAAGAGGUUUAGCUGCACUUUCAGUAGUUUAUUCACAUUCACAAAAUCUAUUCAAACAAACACUUCCUUAUUAUACAUAUAAUAUGAUUGGUUUUGAUGGCGUUCGAUGUUUUUUUGUACUGUCAGCUUUUUUAUUAACGUUUCGUGGAAUGUUAGAAUGGGAAGCAUACCUUGAAAAAAGAAAUAUUCCAAAAGAAGAAGAUGCGGUAAAAAAACAAUUUGGUAACCUUGAGUAUCAAAAUGUUAGAAAUAAUGACAAUGAAGAGAAUGAAGAGAGUACUGGAUCAAAUUCAUCAAUUCCAUUAUUAAAUGAUGAUGAUGAGAGUGGUAAUAAUAAGGAAUACCAUGAAACAAUUAUAGGACUAAAUUCAAAAACAACGAAAACUUUAUCAGCAAGAGAAGGAAUUUCCUCGACAUUAUAUGAUUAUUUGCCAGCAGUUAAAAUAUGGGCCAAAUUUUUUCUACGUAGAUUUUUGAGAGUAUAUCCGCCUUAUUCCAUUCUUUUGGUUUUAAUUGCCUACAAUAAACUUAUUGGUGAAUCAUAUUUUAACAUUGUAACUCCUGACAACCUUAUUUCUCAUCUUACCUUGACUGAAUCUGAAUUCAUUUUUUGGUCAAUACCACCUGAAAUGAAGUUUUAUUUAUUUAUUCCAGUAAUCAUAAUAGGAUACGUAGGACUUGGUCAUCUAGGGAAAAAACUUAUAAAAAUUACUAAUUAUAAUGAAAAAAAAGGAGAAUUUAUUGGCCGGUUUAUUGCCCUUUCUAUAAUCGUAUUUGCACGUACAAUUAUUGCAUUCACUCUUGGUGAUAGAAAUCCUUUAUGGUUAGAAGGCACAGCUCAUUAUUUUUUAGCCGGAUCAUUAGGAGCUAUAUUAUAUAGAGAAGCUGUUAGAUUAAAUUUAUUACCAAAAAGUGAAGAAGAAGAGAAAAAAGAUGAUAACAAUGACGAAGAAAAUGUUUACAAAAUUCCAAAAAAACCUAAAAAUAAAAAAGAUUUAUUAGUGUCAUUAGUAUAUAAUUAUUUUUACCAAAAAAUACCUACACUUCACACAGCACUUCGUAAUAUGUUUGAUUUAUCUUGUUACAUAAUGUUUAUAAUAAUUUUAUGUACAAUGCCAAGAUUAUCAUCAAAAGUCUUGGGCUAUUCAUAUAAUCUUCAGUUGGAAAUAAAUGCAGGAGGGUUAUUAUAUGCAGCCUUAAUUCUACUUGGGCUAUUAUCACGCAAUGAAUCAUUUGUGAAAUUAUUAUCAUGGAAUUAUUUUUGCUUUUGUGGUAAAAUUUCAUUUAGUAUCUAUCUUUUACAUCCAAUAGCUUUCAAUCUGGUAAAUAAUUAUAUUAGCAAUUAUCUUACAUUUAUUGGUAAUGUUGAAACACUCAAGGAUGUAGAUCAAUCAGAUGAAGUUGAAAAAUACAAUGAUAUGUUUGAUUCAGUGAUGUUAAGUUUUUUGGUUACAACAGUUUUAGCAUGGUUUUAUCACAAAUUUGUUGAAUUGCCAUUCAUGAAUUUGGCAAAUUCUAUUGCAAGAAAAUGGUUAAAAUAG